GAAGCGAACCAGUCAGUCUCGCCCCUCCGUGCACAGCAGCAUCAUCUUCGCCCCUGCCGGGUCCGGUGGCAGAGAGGAUGGUUCAGCGGAAAAGCAAACGGGGAUGCGAAUGACAGUGAUGAGAUAAUGAUCCUCGAUAUACGAAGGUUCCCUAGUGUGCGACUAGCUUGACCAAGUGAAACAACCGUGGCAGGAAAACACUAAACCAUGUUGCUCUAAGGUGUGAUCUGUGGUGAACGGGGGAGGAGGAGGAGCAGGAGGAGGCCGAAGGCAUAGGUGAGCAGGAAAGGAAGAACGGCGGACGAGCAUCUGCCACAUCUCCCUGUAGGCGGCCCUCUGCAGGCUCAAAGCCAUGGGCAACACAGCUACCAAGUUCCGCAAGGCGCUGGUGGGAGGUGACGAGGCUCUAGCCUGGCAACUGUAUGAAGGCAACCCUCAGUUCAGGGAAGGCCUUGACCCGAAUGCUUCAUACGGAGAGCAGUAUCAGCACAAUACGCCCCUGCACUACGUCUGCCGCCAUGCCAUGACUCGUCUGCUCAGGUCCUUCCUGUUUAGUAAAGAGGGAAACCCCAACAAGCGCAACAUACACAAUGAGACCUGCCUCCACGUGCUGUGCCAAGGCCCGCAGAUCCUGCUGCUGUCAGAGGGAGCGCUGUCACCGCGGCUUGCCCGGCCACAGAGGGAUGAGCAGCGUCGUGCAGACUGCCUGCAGAUGAUCCUGAGCUGGACUGGGGCCAGGCUGGAGGGAGGCCAGUACGAGAAGGCCAACGUCAACACCACCGACAAUCAUCACAGCACCUGUCUGCACUACGCUGCUGCUGCAGGCAUGAAGAGCUGUGUGGAGCAGCUAAUCCAGAGUGAGGCAGAUCUUUUUGUAGAGGAUGAGGACAAGUUGACUCCGUGCGACCAUGCCGAGCGGCAUCACCACACCGAGCUGGCCCUCAGCCUGGAGUCGCAGAUGGUUUUCUCCUCCUCUUCUUCUCAGCAGUCAAACACAGAUGCACAUGGUGAUACCAACCUGCUGCAAUACAAAGAGCCUUAUGAGGGACUGAAGCUUCAGGACCUGCGCAGACUGAAGGAUAUGCUGAUCGUAGAGACGGCAGACAUGCUGCAAGCCCCCCUCUUCACUGCUGAGGCCCUGCUCCGAGCUCAUGACUGGGACAGAGAGAAGCUUCUCGAAGCCUGGAUGUCGGACGCUGAAGGCUGCUGCCAACGCUCGGGUGUGGCCAUGCCUACCCCGCCACCCAGCGGAUACAACGCCUGGGACACCUUACCCUCACCUCGCACGCCCCGGACCCCACGCUCACCUCUCACACUCACCCUCACCUCCCCGACUGACAGCUGCCUCACACCUGGAGAGGAGGGCCUGUCUACGUGUGGAAUAUGUCUCUGCUCCAUCUCAGUGUUUGAGGAUCCAGUGGACAUGUCCUGUGGACACGAGUUCUGCAGAGGAUGCUGGGAAGGGUUCCUCAAUGUAAAGAUUCAGGAGGGCGACGCACACAACAUCUUCUGCCCGGCUUACGAGUGCUACCAGCUGGUGCCAGUGCAUGUCAUCGAGAGUGUGGUUUCCAGAGAGAUGGAUCAGCGAUAUCUACAGUUUGACAUCAAGGCGUUUGUUGACAACAAUCCCGCCAUCCGCUGGUGUCCCGCAGCACGUUGUGAGCGUGCAGUGCGGCUCACGCGACCCGGCCCUGGGGACAGCGACCCCCAGAGUUUCCCCCUACUGCCCUCCCCAGCUGUUGAUUGUGGAAAGGGUCACCUCUUCUGCUGGGAGUGCCUUGGCGAGGCCCACGAGCCAUGUGACUGUCAGAUGUGGAGGAACUGGCUCCAGAAAGUGACAGAGAUGAAGCCUGAGGAGUUGGCAGGUGUGAGUGAAGCCUAUGAGGAUGCUGCUAACUGCCUGUGGCUGCUGACCAACUCCAAACCAUGUGCCAACUGCAAGUCGCCCAUUCAAAAGAAUGAGGGCUGCAACCAUAUGCAGUGUGCCAAGUGUAAGUAUGACUUCUGUUGGAUCUGUCUGGAGGAGUGGAAGAAGCACAGCUCAUCAACAGGAGGCUACUAUCGCUGCACUCGCUAUGAGGUCAUCCAACAGCUCGAGGAGCAGUCUAAGGAGAUGACUGUAGAGGCAGAAAAGAAGCACAAAAGUUUUCAGGAGCUGGACCGUUUUAUGCACUAUUACACCCGCUUCAAGAACCAUGAACACAGUUACAAGUUGGAGCAGAAAUUGCUGAAAACAGCUAAAGAGAAGAUGGAGCAGCUGAGCAGAGCCUUCAUUUGUCGUGAAGGCACUCCACCAGACACAAGGUUCAUAGAGGACGGCGUGUGCGAGCUGCUUAAGACGCGUCGUGUGCUGAAGUGCUCUUACCCGUACGGCUUCUUCCUGCAGCAAGGCAGCACUCAGAAAGAGAUAUUUGAGCUCAUGCAGACUGACCUGGAGAUGGUUGUGGAGGAUUUGGCCCAGAAGGUCAACCGGCCUUACCUGAGGACGCCCUGCCACAAAAUCAUCAGCGCGGCUCGUUUGGUGCAGCAGAAGAGGCAAGAAUUCUUGGCAUCAGUGGCCCGUGGUGUCGCUCCCAACGAUUCUCCAGAUCCUCCACGCAGGAAUUACCCUGGAGGAUCAUGGGACUGGGAGUACCUAGGUUUUGCCUCACCUGAGAUGGGGAGUCGUCACUCUGUGCUGGGAGCAGGAGAGCAAAGAGACAGACAGUCACAGGAUUAUGCUGACAUCCAGUACCGUCGCAGACACAGACCACGGCGCAGAGGAGACAUGCUGAGUCUGCACAACCUAAGGAGCAGCAGCAACACGCCAGAAACCAGCAGAAGGAGUGAGAACACAGAAGGUCCAGAGAGAGGCGAAGGACGCAGGAGAGCACUUGGCUCGCUCGAUGACGACGACCCAAAUAUCCUUCUUGCCAUCCAGCUCUCCCUGCAGGAGUCCCGCAGAGAGCGGAGCCUGGAAGGAGGCCUGGAGAGGGGGAUGGAGGGAAGAGUGGAGCUUGUUGGGGGACUGGAAGCAGGACAGGAGAGGAGGGCGGGUCCCAUUGGAGAACUGGGCAGUGUCGCUUUGCACUCUCUCAACACAGACGGUCCUCCAGGUGCCAGAGGCCCCUCAUAUCCAGCCUCUCUCCUGGAUCCUCCCCGCCCUCCUCACAGGACAGACUCCACCUCCCAGCAUCCUACGUCCACUCCCCUCCCCCUUCCUCCCCCGCCUCCCUCUCUCAGUGCGGAGCUGCUGGAGCUGGGAGACAGCCUUAUGAAACUGGGGAACAUAACCACUCCUUACGACCUGGACACACACACACAGGAGCAGCUGUGCUCACACCACACAUACAACCACAGUACACUAACCGCUCCCUACAGCAUUGAACCUGCAUAUAGCGCCUGCACCAACAGACAAGAGCAGAGUGCACUGAGCGCUCCAUAUGUGCUCAACCAUAUCACCACCACUGAUCAUCGCUAUGACAACAAAGAGCAGGGUUACUGCCACUCCAAUGCUUAUUUAGCUGAGGCUGAGCCCACUGCCUCCUGCGAACUUGAAAGCACCCAAAACCUAGCCCCUCAGAAUUCCUACAACCAGGAACACGCAUCCUUGUAUGACAGCCCCUCAAAACCAGACAGCUCUUACACAUCCAACCCAGAACACAGUAGGUCUUACUCUCAGGAGCGUCCUGCUGCCUGCGCUCUCGAACGCCCACACAAACCAGACCCCCAGCCCCCUGCCCAGUUGUGCCUCCCGUCUCCAGAGCUCGAUCCGGAGCUGCUGCUUUCCCCGGUGAUACCACCAGGGGGCCCUUUCACCCCCAGCGACCCUCAGAGUCUAGAGGCCCUGGACCCCACCGCCAGUGCCCAGCUGCUGGACAACAUCAUGGCCUGGUUCAACAACAACAUCAACCCCCAGAACAACCCACAGAGCCUCGCCCUCAUCCCCUCCCCACCCACUACAGAAACAGACUCCUCCCCCGACACACACACAGAAACUGAGACUGCAAGCCAGACCUCCAGGGAACCGACCCCGGCCCCAGUUUGGCAGCCCCUGGAGGGUGAGCCAGAAGGGGAGAGGGGGCCAGCGAGCCCCCAUCAUGGUGCUUCGGGCACAGAGAACCUGAAGACAUCAAGGCCGAGCACUCUUGAUCUUGAAAACAGAGAGGCUGGCGAGGAGGGUGCGGGCGCAGGGUGUGUGGCUGACAUGUCGCUGGACGAAGUGCACACACACCCGUGCCCACACCCCCAACACGGAACCAGUCCCACAAAUGCUGCCCCGCCCACAGAGAGAGACUUAGACCUCAUCCUUCAGCUAGAAGAGGAUCAAUCACCUGAGGAAUGGGAGGAGCAAGUACACCUGGUGUGACGGCAACAAAGCGACGACAUGGAGAGAGAUGGUUGAGCAAGUACAGACAGAAAGAGAGAGAGAGAGAGAGAUGAAAGCAAAAGAGGAAACAAACAAAAGGUGGAAAAACUAGUGAGGAGCACUGAUGGAAAAUUUAAUGUUGAUGCCUCAAUGGAAGCUGUGUGUCUCUGGCAAUUGAGUGUUUACUGUGUGUAUUAUACUGUAUCUAGAGAGGACUUAAAGACCUGCGGCUUUGUCCAGUAAAGAUGAUGUCAUACGCAUUUUUUUAAGUGCUUUUUGUCUGCGAUAAAGAAAGCAGACAAACUAUUCUUUGAAACAACUGAGUGUUUAAAACAGAGUACAUCAAUGGUAAGCUACUGAUAUCAUAACUCAUAAAGUGCUGCUCAUGUUUUUCUUUUCUUAUUUUUUUAUUUAUUACUCCGCCUCCUCUUGUGUUUGUCUUCUACAUUUCAUCCAGGGUGAAGUUUUGGUGCUGAUCAUGCUGAAAGCCAAACUUGCCUCCUUUUUGCCACAACAAACUGACCCAACCGUGAGCCUGUUCAAAGCUCCCAGAGCCAAACACGAUGAUAACUGUAACCUCGGAGCUGGUUUAGCGUACUGUACAAUCAGAGGGCCUGAUUCCUUUUUAGACCUUCUCGCACACUGUGCCUGCUUUGUUUGGGAGCAAACACACUACUGAUCUUACCUUUUGGUAGGCAAGAAAAAGGAAAAACCACACCUGUCACUGCUAGAACAACAUGCCUUUGACAGUUAUUUUUCUCUUGUUACACCUCACAGAGGAGAAAUGGUCUUGAAAAGAGAGGUUAAAGGCUGCACCUUUAGAGUCAGUGGGAAGUGAGUGUAUUGCUCAAAGACAUUUCAUCGUCAUUGGUGAUUGUUGUUUUCCCACUCACCACAUCACCCUUCUUCUCUUCCUUAAAAUAAAUGUAUUUAAUAAGAGGUCAGCUUUCAUCCAUAUUGAUGUAUUUCACAGAUGCUUUGGCUCAGUUUACACAAUGAGUGAUUUAACGUUUAAAACUCUUAAUACAAACGAUCAUUUCAACAACAAAGCCUUAAAAUCUGCUCUAAGAAAACACAAUGAAAACAGCUUAAUCCAUCCAUGAAUGAAAAAGUAUCACAAAACCAAGUUAAUUACUGGAGUUGUUGCAAUGAUGUAUCAGAAAACACAAUGCUAGUCAUCUUUAAUUCUCUUUAAAAAAAAGAGGUCGGUGGUCAUUUCCUCCAAGAAUGUGCAAUUUUGUGGCAGAAGUAGGUGUUGAAAGCAUGUUAAGUAUGAGUAAAGGCUGAAAAACAUGUUGUAUUAAUAUAAAUUAAUUUAACUAAAGUAAUAAGUCUUGAACAAUCUUCUUAACACAUAUCGAUUUGCCCAAGGCAGCAAAUUAAAAUCAACAAACUCUGAAGUUAUUUAUUUUUUAGAACACAUUUUCGAUCCAUUUUUGUCAGAUGAAAGAACUAAAAAUGAAUUAUGCUGUCACUAAAAAAAAGAAUGACCACAAUAAAUCUUCCAUUCAUGCAAAUGCUGUUUAUGAUUAUACUUAACUGCAUCACUUUACUAUUAAACUUUAAUAUUUCCAUCAAGAUUAAGUUUAAAAUCCAGUAAGUUAGUGUAAUGCUGGAAAGCGUGCAGCAUUGACCCAGAAGUCAAAGUAACAGACACUCAGAGCAUCGCAACACUUUGACAUCCUAUUUCCUUUUUGUCCCUCUUCCAGAGCUCAUUUGUUGAAACAGACUCAAAAGGUCAGUGUUGGAGAAAAAGUUAAACCUUUAUUACAUUCAUUCAGAGAUCAGUCUGCUUAGAAACAAGUGAAACUAAGAACAGGAGGUUACUGUAUUCUAAGGACUGAUUUUUAAUGUUUGUCUCUUCGCACAUUCAAACUCAGCCAAAGCAAAAUCACUCGUGCUGUAGUUGUUUGUUUCAGUCGCAUCUUUUCCACUACUGAUGGAUGGUGCAGCGUGCUGGUGAUGAAUGGGAGCUGGGUCAGUCUUGUUUGAACUGUAAUUUAUCCUUUUUCUUUAUUCCUUCUGAUGGAAAUGUCUUCAAGUUGAGGCCAGCGCCUUUUGGUCUGUGUGCCUUUUUUGUUUGUAUUUGGUUAUUUGUUGGUAUUUGUUAGUGUCAUUCCUUUUAACCUUAAAGUUGUUUUUGAAAGCUGAUGGAGAACACACUGCGAAACACAACACAGGUUUUAGCUGCACAUUAGAAAUGUUUCCAUCUACACCCCAGUUUUAUCUUACUUUUCCUGGUACCAAGAUGUUUAGGCCAUUUAACUGAAUCCCAAAAAACUGCUUCGAAGCCACAUGAAAGAAUUAAUUUAUGAAUUUUUUUUUACUCCUUGACUUUCCGGUUUAAUCAGAAACUACUUUGUACAAAAGUGUAGCGCAGUUGGCCUUUGAUUCUUUCUUUUUUUAUCUUGAUUGUAGUGAAGCCAAACAUUAUUGCCCAACUGUAACGUUUACAAGAGAGAAGACUCUGCCUGCUGUGUUUUAGAUAUGACGUGCUGCUUUGGACACUGACAUGAUCAUUACAAUGAAUCAUACUUUCAUCAAGGCCAAACAAAUGUCAAGAAAUCCUUUUCUAAAGCAAACUCUGAAUUUGUUGAAAUGUCUCCCUCUAGUUUGCAGAAGUAUCCAAUUAUACAGAAUGUGAUAUGCAAUCAGAAACUGAUUAUUGACAGAUUUAGUUGCAGGUUUAAUGAAUGUGCUCAAAUGAAGUGAUCCUGACUUUUAACACCCUAAAAGAACACCACUUCUCUGUUGAACAUUAAACUGUGAAGGUGCUGGACAGCCUAAAGGUGCUGAUGAAGACAUUUCAUAACGCAUCGCCUUCUGAUGUGCGAGGGCCGCCGGUGACGCCCUUAACAUUUUUAGACUUUGUUCCCUAAGGAAUGAAGGUCAACAGGACUACUCACUUAUUUUUGGUUGCAUGGUUGAAUCAGGACAAACACUCUGUGUUACUCUAACUCUGUGGGUUUCUUUCAUUUGCACAGACAUGCUUUUAAUUUGUUAAAUUGAUCAAAUGGUGUCAGACAAGAUGGGGAGAACUGAUGAGUGAGACUUAUUAUUAUGAUUAUUAUUUUCUUUGUUUUCUUGAUUUUGAUUUUAAUUUAUGGUCUGCCAUUUUGUACUCCAUAUUUAAUGUUUAUACUUUAACUAACCCUCAGUCAACCACUACAGAACUCAAAAGAAAUGAAAUUGCACUCUCAUAGAUUAUACUUGAUACAUUCCCGGUGGGUCCAUAAAGGAGCUUUGAUGUGUGGCCAAAACUGUAAAUGGAAGUCUCAGUGCAAAGUUUACUCUCAAUAAAGAGCUAAAAGUGU